UAUAAAAGACAUCAUCGUGUGAGAAAGGUGAGCCCGCGGGUCCAUGCCGGAAGAAAAAACUGUGUUGUCUAUCGACAAACAGACUUUGAAUCGCAACGCUCCUGUAUUGAUCGGACAGUUCUGAAAAGAGCGUAGCAGAGACUAAGUAUGUCGACAAGCAAUAUGAAAAGAACCAGGAUGGGUUCCCAGAAAAGUGUCGAGACACCAAUGAACAAUGUUUACACUGGUCGUCGACAAAGCCUUAUCGAAGAUGCCCGAAAUGCUUCGUUUGACUACUCGGCGUUACCGAGCCCUUCCGAAGAUGAGGUAUUUCACGAGUUCAAUGACGACAGUCCAGUGAUAUCACCAAGUGAGCGAGUGAAACGUAUGGCGAUCACCUUUGGCCUUUCAGAAGGUUGCUAUGCAGCUGCUUUAGGAAAUGCUUUGAAGAUAUUUGAGUUUUAUGGCUGUAUAGCUAGACUGGAGGUCUAUAUUAUCUCGUUGAUCAGUGUUUGUAAGUUUGAUAGGGAAGCCACUUUACUUCAUAUAGAGUCAAGGCCAUCGAAGACAAUUGAUGAAGUUCAUGAGUUUUACAUAAAGUGCGAGGCAAGAAUCCACGUAUGCAAGAAUCUUGUAGCAUCCUUGAAAGAAGUGGCAAGUCACGUGACUCUACAUGACGAAAAAAUUAAGAAAGACAAAAAAGAAGUUCCUUGGUUUCCUAAGAAGAUAUCAGAGCUUGAUAAAUGUACGCAUCUUAUGACUCAAUAUGAACCAGAUUUGGAUUCAGAGCAUCCUGGUUUCUCGGACAAGAAUUAUAGAGAAAGAAGAAAAGAAAUAACAGAAAUUGCCUUCAACUAUAAACAUGGACAAGUUAUUCCGAGAGUGGAGUACACAAAGGAAGAAACUAAAACAUGGCGUGUGGUUUAUAGAAGUUUGAAAGAGACUUAUCCAACUCAUGCUUGCAGCCAACACAACAGAGUAUUCAGACUACUGGAAGAACGAGGUCUUUAUAGUGAAAACAAGAUACCUCAACUGGAAGAUGUAUCAAACUUCAUAAAACAGCAAACGGGCUUCCAGCUCCGACCAGUUGCUGGUCUACUAUCGGCGAGGGAUUUUCUAGCCAGUCUUGCAUUUCGUGUGUUUCAGUGCACGCAAUACAUCCGUCAUUCGUCGUCCCCAAUGCAUACUCCUGAACCUGAUUGUUGUCACGAGCUGCUUGGGCACGUGCCCAUACUUGCAGACCCAAAUUUUGCUCAGUUUUCUCAGCAAAUUGGAUUAGCUUCGCUGGGGGUCUCCGAUGAUGACAUAACAAAAUUGGCAACAUUGUACUGGUUCAGUGUGGAAUUUGGUCUCUGCAAGCAGGAUGGUGAGAUCAAAGCUUACGGCGCAGGACUGUUAUCGGCAUAUGGCGAACUGCUGUAUGCGUUAUCAGACGAACCAGAGCAGCGACCUUUCAACCCAGACACCACUGCUCUUCAAGAAUACCGUGACGACUGCUAUCAGCCAGUUUAUUUCGUAGCUGAAAGCUUUGAAGACGCAAAACAUAAACUGAGAGAGUAUGCUGCUAAGCUGGAUCGUCCCUUCGAAGUGCGAUAUAAUCCAUUCAACCAAACCAUCGAUGUAUUGGACAACAAAGAGAAAAUACAGGCCAUGGCAAACAGCCUUCAAGUUGAAAUCAAUGCACUGUGUUGUGCUAUGGCUAAAAUAGACUGAAUACGUAGUGCGACCAAUCUGUGACGUGACAUUUUGUCACGUGACUUAUUGCGGCCUGUCAGAACAAAUGUCAUAUACAUGUUGACCAAUGAAAAUAUGUGUUUCAAAAUCGAUCUGUAUCUUGACGUGCAUAAUUAGAAAAGGGUUGUACGUAGUUAGAUUUUGUAGGAUUCUAAAUGAAUUGAAUAAAUAGAUCAAUUAUCAUA